AUGUCCACAGACAAUCCAUCAUGGCACCUCCUGCCAAUCGAUCUCAUCGAGCACCAAAUCGGCCAGAUCGAUCUCUUAAUGGCCAUGUACCCCGACACGGUGACCUUUGAAAACGACUCCUCCAGUUUUCUAGAAAUUGCAAGGAAAUACGUCGAGGAGGGAACAGCCCCCGACCCCGCAAAACUCAGCAAAGGCCCCCCGACAGUGACGCUGCUCUUCAAGCUCGCCAUCCCGGAACACCAAGACAAGGCCCUGCACCUCGACAUCUCAGUGCCCUUCUCAUACUCACAACCCGAGGACGCCCCGGAAGACCCGCCGCGGAUCAGGGUCCGGAUACAGCAACCUCCCUGGAUGAACCGCGCCUCGACGUCCCAUCUCAACUCGCAAAUCCCCGAGGAAGAAGACCUCUUCGGCACAAUCGAGUCCAUCACCGACGCGGCCUCCGCCUUCCUCUCCUCAGCCGCCGCCGCCGCCGCCGAGGAACCCCCCGCCGAACAAAACACAGCCCCCGGCCCCCUCGUCCGCGUGUGGUUCUACUUCCCCUCCAUCUCGACCCGCUCCAAGCGCGACGACUUCGUCAUCCACGCGCCCCGCCACCACCUCACCGGCUUCCUCUACGCCGGCAAGCCGGGCCUGCUGUGCGUCGAGGGCCCCUCGCGGGACAUCGACGACUACAUGCGCUUCAUCAAGACCGAGAGCUGGGGCGACAUCCCCGCGCACCACAAAAAGGUCAGCGAGCGCCACCGCGAGGUCGCGGGCGUCCGGCGGGUGUUCGCCGACAUGCAGGAGAUCACGGACUCCGUCGGCGAGAGGCGCGGGCAGAGGGCGAACCGCGGGGAUAUGAAGGCCGUCGAGGGGUGGCUCGUGGAGAGGGGGCUGGGGGACGCGUUUGCGAAGGUGUUGAUGUAG